AUGAUUUUAGCUUAAGCGAGAGGAAAUGAAAGUACUGCAUAUGAUCUUUGGUCAACAAGGCAUGGCAGGCCGAGUACUGAUGAUGUUUAAAAUAUUGUUUACGGUUUUAUCACCAAUGAUACUCAUGUAGUAUUUUAAAUUGACAGAGACUUAGAUACAGGAGAUUCUGCUUAAGACUUUAAUGUCAUAGUUGGUGAGCCUAUGAAUAUGAUUAAUUCUUGUAAUGUAAAUACUGCUAAUCUUCAGAAACAUACAAGUAAAGGACCUUUUACAAUGUUUCUCAAUUAUCCUGAACCUAAUAACUCAGCAAAUACACCAGCAAGUAUUGGGAAUUUGACAGAAGGAAAUAUUACUAAUGUAAUUUUUGGGGCUGACUAUGAUGAGGGAGCUUUCUUUAGGAUUCACGGUUGGAUUCUAUGGCUUACUUGGGGACCAUUAGCAAUGAUUUAACUGACUACCACUAGAUAUUUAAAAGCUAUGUCCUAUGGAAUCUAAAUUCAUAUGAUCACAGGAAUUCUUAAUCUGGUAUGCACUCUGAGCUUGGGAAUCUUAGCAGCAAAGGAAAACCAAUGGGUAAUUGGAGAGCAUCCCCAUGCUAAAAUUGGAUAUACUAUAAUUGCUUCUAUAGUAUUCAUAUGCUUGACAGGUGUAAUAAUGAGAUUAAGAAUCUUUAAAAGAGUUAGAAUCUACCAGAUACACAAAAUAUUCGGUUAUACAUUUUUGGUCUUUGCAUAAAUACAGAUUGUACUUGGUGUUCUUAAAUACUCCUAAUACUUCUUAGAUAGACCUUCACCUUUAGGUUAUAUCCAUAUUGCCUUUUUUGGGUUUCUUUGGAUAGCUUUUGAGACUUAUCAUUAGUUACAUUUAAGAUCUAAAAAGAGUGAAUUAAAAAAGAAAAGCAAGGUCAUUAGUCUUUAUCAAUUCAACCAAUUGGUAUCUCUUGGAAGAUAACUCGUUAUCUUAGAUGAUAAAAUUAUCGAUGUUGAAAGUUUUCUUGACAAUCAUCCAGGAGGUAAAAAUGUCUUGAAAUGGAAUGUUGGAAGAGAUAUUAGUAAAUUCUUCUAUGGAUCGUUUCAAUUUACAAAUAUGAAUAACCUAGAAUAAAAAAAUACUCACUCAAGCCUUGGAUGGUAAUUAGCAAAUCAGAUGGCAAUAGGCAGACUAGAAAACAAUUACUCUGAGGAAUAUCCAGUUGAACUAAUAUAUACAUCUCAGUAAAUUGCAAAAAACACGAAAACAUUUGUUUUUCAAGGUAAAGAGUUAAAACCAGGACUCUAAAAUUACUACUCGAAUAUAGGCUAUUUUGGAAAGCAUUUUCUCGUGUUCAAUAAGAAGAAGCCAGACUAGAAGAGACUGUAUUAUAUUUGUAAUUGCUUGACACCUAAAAUCUAUGAGCAGUACAUCAGGCUUAUUAGAAGUUAUCUUGAAAGUCAAUCAAGACUUGAUUGUUCAAGCAAUAGGGUGGCAUUAACAGUCACAGCCUAAUCGAACAAACAAGGUCUAUCUAAUAUUAUACAUAAACGGACUAUUGGAGAUAAAUAUAUCAUAAGAGGGCCAUUAGGAAAGGGUCUAGAACUCUAAUAUCAAGGAAUGCAUUUAGUUUAUACAGAUUAGAUAGGCUUUAUUGGAUUCUUAGACUUAAUAGCACAUUUAAUCAGGAAAAAUCUUGGUCUGCUAGAUAAAGAAGAAAGCAAACAGUUAAGUUUUGUUGAAUUCAAAAUACAUUUGGUUGUCUGUGUUGCAAAAAAGAAAAGUUUACCUGGUUUAGAGUUAUGCAAUGGACUAAUGAGGAUUAAUCAGCAAAUGAAAAAAGACAAUUUUUCUAUAAGAUUGAAGUAAGUGAAAGAUUUGAAAAACUUUUGGACUUCAGAAAAGAUUUAAAAUGAAUUAUCAUAAUUCAAGGAUAUACAACGUAUUUUUAUAAGCGGGCCAUCUAAAAUGUGUAAAUCUUUUGAUGAAGUAUUAACUAAAAUGGUAUAAAAAGGGACUUUAUAAAAAGGUAAUUAUGAGAUUUUAUGA